UCCAUCUUCUUCUCUCCAUCUUCUUCUCUCCAUCUUCUUCUCUCCAUCCACUUCUCCUUCUCCUUCUCCUUCUCCUCCUCCUUCUUCUAUCUCUCCUCCCUCACCCUCCUCUCAUUGCUUUCGUUGUUGUCCUCUAUAGUUGUACACAAGUAUAGUUGUACACAAGUCAUAUACCUCGGAACCUUCAACCACCCCAAAGGCUCUCACCGUUCAACCAAGGCUUGUCAACCUUGGUGAGUGAACAUCCAAUCCAGAUCCCUCCAUCGACGAGAGGCUUGCAGCAAACACAACGACACACCGCAACGCCCACCGUCGUGGAAAUGGCCCGCAAAUCCUCGCCCUCACCCUCACCGUUCGGUGAUAGCAAUGCCAUCAGCUCAGAGACCUCGUCGAUAGCACCGCAUUCGCGACACGGAUCCGAAGGCGGAGGCACAACAACACGACACAGAGACUCGGGGGAGAAGGAGAAGGAGAAGCACCAGUUCCGGAGCUACAGGCUCAUUGGCGAAUAUGAACAGCCAUGGAUCAAGGACAAGCGGAUGAAGAAGACGAGAUAUAACAACUUGAUUGUGUACACUUUCAUGAUUAUCGGCUUCGGUGUGGCUGGAUAUAUCUGCUUCGCCGCAACGCAGAGCGUUCCCAAGCAUGAUUACUGUCUAAUCCUCGACGAGGACUUCAAAACCCUUGACCCGAACGUCUGGAACCACGAAGUCCAAAUUGACGGCUACGGCACCGGUUCCUUCGACUGGACGACCACGGACCCCAAGAACUCCUUCGUCGAUGCCGAGGGCCUCCACAUCGUCCCCACGCUCACCAACGAAUCCACCCCCAUCUCCAACGAGCAGAUCUCCAACGGCUUCACCGUGAACCUCACCGCUGACGGCUCCUGCACAUCCAAUACCCCCUUCAACUGCGUCAUCCACAGCAACAACGAGCUAGGCUACACAAUCCCCCCCGUCCGCUCUGCACGUCUCAACACCAAGGGCAAGAAGACGAUCAGGUACGGUAAGGUAGAGAUCACUGCGAAGAUGCCUCAGGGAGAUUGGCUCUGGCCCGCGCUCUGGCUUGUUCCCCAAGACGAUGUAUACGGCGGCUGGCCUCGCAGCGGAGAAAUUGACAUCGCCGAAGUCCGCGGCAACAGCCCCAGCUACCCCCUCGGCGGCCGCGACACCUACACCAGCACAAUCCACUGGGGCCCGACCACUGGACUCAACGCCUUCUGGCGCACCACCGCCGGCCGCCAAAUCCGCCGCACCGAUUUCUCCAAGAGCUUCCACACCUUCGGCUUCGAGUGGUCCGGCGACUACAUGUACACCUACCUUGACAGCCGCCUUCAGCAGGUCCUCUACGUCGGGAUGGCGGGGAAGGGGACGCCGAAGGAUUUCUGGGAUAGGGGUGAGUUUGGGGAUGUGUUUGUGAAUAAUACGAUGUUGCCGAAUCCGUGGGCGGGGAGCAAGAAUAGGGGGGCUCCGUUUGAUCAGGAGUUUUAUUUGGUUAUGAAUGUCGCGGUGGGGAGUCGGAAUGGGUGGUUCCUCGACGGCGUAGGCGGUAAGCCAUGGGUCGACGCAUCCACCUACCUCGCUCCCGGCGCCUUCUACCAACGCAUCAACGAGUGGCUCCCCACGUGGGGCGAGGGCAAUGCGCGCGGUAUGACGGUUAAGGCUGUUAAGAUGUGGCAGGAGGGUGCUUGCAAAUAAUCUCUGCUCUCUGCACUCUUCAAUUUGUUUUUUUCCGGUUUUCACGAUGCUGGAUGGGUGGGUGGAGUGCGGUGUGUAUCAAUUUUUAUUUUACUUUCAGGGGGACUUUGUUUUUGUUUUUCGUUGAAGUCGCUCAUUUUUUUUUGGGGGGGGGGAUGAAAAACAUCAAAGGCAUAUAUAGACGGAUUAUGGAUAUGGGGUUUCGGAUGAAUCUGGGGCCGCGUUGGGAG